GCCCGUGAGACAGGACAGGAGCAAGGAAUGAACGGAAUCAUGGAGCAGAGCAAAGCAAAGCUAAAUGAUUCCAAAUGCAGUCGCCAUGUCAAACUCAAACCAAGAGUGCACGCAGAACCGGAUGCCAUGCCGCUCGAUGAUCGCCUCCGCGGCUUAUAAAAUCCAGAGAGCGUCCCAAUGGCUCUGUAAAUCAGCUCCAGAUACAGAUAAAUCCCCGUCGAUUUUGAUAGAGCCGGGCUGUUGAUUUCAGCUUCUCCGUGGCAUUCGAGGAUCGCGCUCGAUCGAACUCCUACAGCUCGAAAGCCGGCCAUGGCGGACGGCGACCCGCCGCCGAGGUACUGGUUCCCGUACUGGAGCGGAGGCCCGCAGUCGCCGCCGUCCCGGACGUCACGCCCCCCCGCCGUCCGCCCGCAGAUCUCCAGGCGCGUCUCCCCGCCGUCCCCGCCCGCCGCUCCGUCCCCGCCACGCCGCCCGCCGCCGUCUCCCCACCACCAGCGUCCACCAUCCCCAAGAGGCGUCGCCGCUCCUCCUUCUCCUCCUCAGGUGCCCCGCUCGUCGUCGUCCCGGCCCUCGCCGCUCGCGCCCGUCAGAGCGCCGCUGCUAGCCGUGCCGCCGCCGUCUCCCAACCCCGGUACGGCCACGCCGACCGAGCCGGUCGCGCUCUCCGCGGCUCCUCCUCCUCCUCCCGUGCAGAAGGACGUCGGCGUCGUCCUCCCGCCGGAGAAGACCGUCCUGCCGCCGCAGGCCGAGCUCAAGGAACACAAGGGCGCCGGAGACAAAGCGCACGAGAAGAAGGAGAAGGAGAAGAAAGAUGAGAGCAAGAGCAAAGACAAGGACAAGGAGAAGAAGGACGAGAGCAAGAGCAAAGAGAAAGACAAGGACAAGGAGAAGAAGCACCAUGGCCAUGGCGGCGAGGACGGCGACUCGAAGCACAAGGAGAGCAAGGCGGCGGAGCACGGGAAGCUGCUGCACAAGGAGAUCAAGGCGGGAGUGGCCGACAUGGUGAGCAAGGCCAGCACCGGCGCCGCUUCCGCCGCCUCCUCCGGCUCCGGCCACGGGCAUGGAUCCACGACGAGCGUGAUCACGCUGGCCGGCGAGAACAAGGGCGCGUCCAUGAAGGUGCAGGGCGCCGAUGGCAAGGGCAAGGACGGCCACGGCCACAGGCUCGACGGCGGGAAGGCGGCGAGAGCGGCCGGCAAAGGGAAGCAGGCGGCGCUGGUGAACAGCAACGUGCAGCUGAUCAACAACUCGCUGGUGCUGCAGAGCUCGUGCAACGGCGGCGACCCCGGCGUGCACCUCAAGCUCUCCGCCAAGUCCACCUCCAAGGACAAGCAGCGCCACGCCGCCGCCGCCGACAAGCCUGCUUCUGCUUCCGCCGCCGCCGCGAAGAAAUGAGAGCGCAUGUAAACUAUUUCGCCAUUGUCAUGGCAUGCCAGGAACGUGGCGCCGUGUACAUGAUCGAUAUGAGCCAGCAAUGAUGUAUACAUUACAUAUAUGCAAAUAAGAGCAAGGUCAUCAACAAUCCAUGCAGAAACUUCUCCAAAAAUUUCAGACAUUUUCGAGAUUCUCGUUCAUGGAUCAUGAUAGAUAGAGUUCGCGUCAA